AUGGCCUUAUUCUAUUCUGUAAAAGUUGUAUAUAUUUUAUCUCUAGUUAGCUUUAAAUUUGCACUUUGCCAAGAUAAGUAUUCUGAUCCAUCGAAUUCUCGCCAUGAAAGCUGUUCUGCUAACGACCAUGCUUGUAAACGACGAGAGAUUGAUGAUGGUGUUAACGAAGGUCCCACAUUUGUCGGGCGAACCGGAUUAACACGACUUGACGGGGUGAAGGUAAGUGACUUAAACUGUAAAUCGGAAGUUGUCACGAUCUAAGUUUAAUCUUUCUUGUGGCCUUCUUUGGAUGAGCCAUUCCUCAAUUAAAAAAUUUUUUAAUACGUGAAAUCAGUCGGCGGACUUCAACCUUUCACAUCUUACUUUUAAAAUAUAAAUUCUCAUCACUGAUGGUUAUAUUUUUCUCUCGACGUUCGCUCUGAGAAUUUGGUAUCGAAUCAAACUAACAGUUGGUGAUUCAAUUCUUCUCACUUGUUUGCUUUGCUUUGUUUAACUUUAGGAGAAAACCAAUGUUGACAUCGUUGUUAGUAAAGAAUUUAUGGUUAAAGUAACCACGUUAUAUGCUAAAUAAUCUCUCAAAAGAUAAAAAAAUACUACCGUUCAGUGUUUUGUUCGAGGGGAGAGUGUUUAUUACUUAUUUGAACAACAAUCAAUCGCAUUUAUUUUAUGGAUGACCAAUAAAAGAUAAACCAGUUCCGGCCGAUUAAAAAAAUUUUCCUCAAACUUAGAUUUUCUUUGAUUUCGUCAGGUUGGUCACGUUGAGGAAGUUGAUUUAGGAGAUUGUCACAGAAAUCGAAUUACGAGGGCGAUGAAACCUCUGUUAUUUGGUAAGGUGUAUGCCACAGGAUGGAUCAGGUCUUUGUUUCUCGGAUAAGGACGAAAAGCUGUAGGCCCUGUCUCCUGCAUCUUCUCUGUACUGGUUUGCAGGGAACGUUAAAGAACCCACACACUUCUCUCAAAGAGUAGGGAACGUAGUUCCCGGUGCUGUUUUCUGGCCUUGUUUCUGAAAUUGGGGGCAUCUGCAAAAUUUACCUGUCAAAAAACUGUAAAUUUCUCAAGGCAGUCUGGCUCAAAUUCCCACGCAAAGUGUUGUAAAGCGCCAUGAGCUAAAUGGAUAAGUAAAAGUAAAGCCUUUAUACGGGCCCAAGUGGCCCAUGGGGCCGGCGGCUUAACUCCGGUUUCCUUAGCAUGAAGCGGCUAGGAGUAUUGCUAUUCCCCCCUGGAUGGGAUGUUAGUCCAUUGCAGGGUUACCCCAGCACAUUUGCUGGUACCCAUUUGUACACCUGGGUGAAGAGAAGCACUGUGAGAGUAAAGUAAAAGCCUAAGAACACAACACAAUGACCACGACCAGAGCUCGAACCCGGACCACUCGAUCCGGAGUCGAGCGCACUAACCACGAGGCCACCGCGCCUCCACUAAAAAUGGGUAAGACGCUAUAAAAAUCCUUCAUUAUUAUUAUUUAUUAUAAUUUGAUUUUUUUUCUUGUGACUAGGACAAGAUUCAACCGAUCUUGCGUACCUAAAUGGUUGUUUUCACCUCGGAGAGCUCAAAUUCCUAUACAACAGUUUAUAUCUUACCUUAAUCUUUUCCUUUUCGCACAUAAGCCAGUAAGAACGCACAGUGCGUGAGCGAUCUGCACUUCGCUACUCCGCCUUCGAGAAGCUGACUUUGCAUUCUUCACUCAGUAAUGCAAAUAUAGAUAUUAAUUCAAUUGAAAUACCUGGUUUAUUUUCUUUUUGUGUUGGUGUUUUAUUGUUAUUUUGUUUUUGUUUUUGUUUUCGCCAGAAAUACCACAUUUUUUAACCAAUGAAGAAUGUGACUACAUAAUAAAGCUAGCUGAAAACAAUGGCCUGUUAUCAAGUACAGUUAGGGGAGGUCUUACGACAGAAAUAGAUUUAGAAAUACCGAAAAUUGAACGUAAGUAGUUCACGAUAAGGUUAUAAGGUUUCUAAUAGAUUAAGCAGCCUAAUAAAUGAGUGCAUCACUGGACUCUCUCCAGAAAACAACCGUAAAUUGGCCUCGAUGAGCGCGCAAUUGGGCUGUGACAUUAAAUUUUUGGUCAUGUAUGGCUCGAACACCUUUUCAACCCAAACUGGAAGGAAAUAUUAAGUAACCCACAUGACUUUUUUAGGAAGGUGUGGAACGUAGUCACUUUUACCAUCGUCUCAUCGUUUGGCCUAUUUCACGGGCGUUUCAUGGAGCGGGCCAUAGGUGUCUUCACAACACUCAUUGGAACCUUUUAUGUGCACCAUCUAUUUACCAGUUAUCAAGUUCACCGCAAUAAAGGUGAAUAAUGGUAGAUAUUUACCGACCUGCUGGUAAGAAGCGUGGAAAACCUUCAAAAUUUUCUCACCGAUACGGCUGUGGUGAAAGUCAAUUACAACACCCUCCAGAAGACACGCAUGACAGAAUUUUACUUGAGUCCAAAUUCUGGUUAUGACAUUGACUAUGUUUUUUUCAACUAUCUCAGAUGGCAAAGCCCAAGAUGUAGCGGGAAUCUUUGGUGCUUGGGACAUAAAUAAUGACCGAAGAAUUACAGUGGACGAGGUAUGAAAACAAACAACAACAUCAACAACAACAACAACAACAACAAAAUUAAUUUCACAUUUCAUUCCAUCAAAACGUAUAGUCAGCACCUUUUCUCGUGAGAGUAUAGAGCGAUAAUUGUAGCCUCUGUUUUCUAUGGCAUAUAUUACUUGUCAUGUCGUCAUUGCUUCGCGUCAUGUCAUGCGCUACAUGUCAUGUCAUUUUCAUAAGUUUUCCAUGUCACUUUAGCUCAAGUUUUUUUAGUUGGAUUCCUUCUCUCGUGACAUCUUAGUUAAUAUAAGUUUUGUGUCUCAUGUAGACCUCCCAGACCACGGUACACUCGGAAGCGACCAUAUGUAUCUCCUUGUCUUAAAGUCGUCUUAACAUAUAGAAUUAUUGUUGAAUUUUUGUCUUUAGGUAAUCGAGUUCGGAAAGAAAUAUAUUUACGCCGUCUUCAACGAAGAAGAUUUAAUGGAGUUGUGAGUCAUUUUCUUAUACCCUUAACUACAGACAGUAAAUUAACGUUGGGCUGUAUUACUUUAAAGAGCACCUUUGAUAACAAUAAAUAGUAUUUAUUAUCUCACAACUUAUGAUUUAUUAUCUAAUGUACCACAGACUUCACAAGGUGAACGUUACCGAGUUAGACGAUGGUAAGUUUCGCUCGUUCUACCAGCCUGCUUUUUUAAGCUAAGCUGCUUUUUUCGCUCUGACGAAGGGCUAACGCUCGAAACGUCAGCUUUCAAUUAAACUUCAAUCAAAGGUGGCCAAUUUAGGUUAUCGACUCAGUUGAUAAUACCAAAUUGCCUUGUUAUACUCUCCCACCGACGCAGCUACACUGUUUCUUUAGAAACUACUAGCUUUAUGCUUUUUAAGCGUCUGUUAUUUAUCUUGUCUCUGCACAUGCAUGCACUUUGCCCAAGAUAGCCAGGCGUUCCUUUCCACUAUGCCAUUUUCAAGUCUUUGUAUAUUUAUUAUGUCUCUGAAGAAAAAACAAAUAUUAGGAAAGCAUUGUGUAAGUUGAUAACGUCCUAAGUUAUGAGAGUUAAGGCUGCACUUAAAGUUCUCAAGGAUAUCAGGUCUGCAGAAAAGAAAUCAUUAAGAUCUUCUCUAUACGGACAUGCGCUUAUGCAAGGCUCAAGUAAAUUUAUUAAAAAAUAAUUAAAUUUUCUGAAUUUAACUCUAUUUUACCAAAGAAAAUUAUGGUUCAUCAUUUUCUCUUGACGUUACAAGGAAACAAACAUAUUAUUAUUAGUGAAUUCUCGUCUCCAAACGUGAAUACUUGACGACACGAUUCAAAGCGUGUGCGCAAAAGCUACCCCGAGCUUGACUUGAAAUGUAACGUUUUUUCUUUUUCAGGAGUAAUCACGCCUGAAGAGUUCGAGAAUAUGAAUAGUCGAGGGGCUGACACUAUAAUGGCACAUGCAGGAAAAACUCAUCCUAAAUACAGGGCUCGCUAUAGUUAUCAGACCUUUUUGAACCAGAGAUACCUCAAAGAUCCUACCUUAGAUAGAAUCAUUGAAAGGUAUGAUUAAUGAGUAGAGCAUUUUUCGAUUGAUUCUUUAAAUCAAAGCCAUGGUAAAGAGGCCCAGAUAGCAGCAGAUAUGUCACGAAUUGAAGAAAAUAUGCGACAUUCUUUAAAAACAUGUUUCGACAGUUCUUCUGUCAUCUUCAGUUCUGAUUUAUACAAAGUACAAAGUUGAAAUUAAAUUGUAUAACAAGAAUAAUAUUUGUCCAAUGAGCGUUUUGUUAUGUUCUUUAAAUUCAACUUUGUACUUUGUAUAAAUUAGAACUGAAGAUGACAGAAGAACUGUUGAAACAUGUUUUUAAGAAUGUCGCAUAUUUUCUUGAAGCCAAAGUAAUCACAACGGAUGAUCUGAAAAAAGGUAAAUACCCUAAGGAACCAAUGAGAACACAAAGUAAAACCGACCAAACUUCUUAAAGCGUGGGAAAGCGCGAGCGACCAAGUCGUGACUGGUUUUAGUCUUGCAUCUGAUUGGUUGACAGAAUGGCGCGAGUUUUCUGGACCAUACGUAGAGCGAAGUAAAACAAAAGGAAAGCAAACCCAGAUUGUUUUUGACACUAAUAAAUACAUGCGUAAAAGACAAUAGAUAAUGUUUGGAUGGAUUGAGGGAUGGAUUAGUAUUCUAACUGACUACUCUAAUCUCACUUGCCUCCCGUUGCCUUAUCGAUUUCCCAUUUCCGAAACCAGACACAAUGCAUGUAUACGACCUAUCAGACAGUAUUUUAAUUUUCGUGAUUCUUUUCCUAGAGUAAUUAAGUUAACAAAGCUUCCAAGAGAAAUCAUUUAUGGAAGUGAAAGACUCCAGGUGAGAAUAAGUUUGAGAUAAACUUUCUAUCAGUUUUAGAGUAUAAUCAUUUAUAACAUCUUGGGAUGUCCAUGAAUCGCAACCUUUCGAAUGCAUACAGCGAGUCCUCUUCAUUUCUAGUACAAGUGAACUUAGAUAAAAAAAAAUGCUGGAGGUAACGUGCAACAAAUUAAACUGGCAAACUUUUUACCCACUUUGUGCUUUAGAAACCAGAAGAGUACGCAGGUGUCCAUAUGAGACCAAAAUGCAGACUUUACCUUUAACAGAACUCAUUUCAUUGCUCGUCACGUGUCCUUUCAGGUUGUUUAUUAUGAUAAAAAUGGUCAUUACCACGCUCAUUAUGAUUCUGAAACUCACCUGAGGACCGACGUCCCUUGCUGCCAUCAACAACAUGAAGUGGAUAUGUUGAGCUUUGAGAAUCCUUGCAGGAUUUGCAGGUUAGAUGUUCUGCCUUAUAUGUAUUCACGGAAAAAGUAGUUAGUGUCUAAAAUGACUGAAGAGUCUCACUUAUGCGUGAUCAGUUAGUUAUGGACCAACCAAUUGAGCAAAAAUGAAAGCCUUCUGAAAACAUACUCCGAGCCUUACUUUACUCCAUGAUGCCCCGCUCUACUUUUGAUAACUUAGUUUGACUUUUUUUUUUAAACAACUUCUACUGUGCUUGAGUAUUAUUGCCUCUCAAUUCUGUUUUGGCCAGUGAAGAUUGACAUUAAUGAUCGUCAACGGUAACUAUCAUCUCGGAAAUUUCGAGUCCCAAAUUUUGUUAAAACGGUUAAAGCAAAGCUCCCGCUGUUGUAAAAUUAUGAAUAUGACACUCGACCAGUAAGAGCGAGUCUAAGCUUCACGGAGCUUCAAUGAAUAAGUUUACUUUACAAGCCAUGAAAAUUGCCUGAUAUUUUCUCCUCUCUUAGGUACAUUACCAUUCUAUAUUAUCUUAAUGACGUGGAAGGUGGAGGUGAAACAGCCUUUCCUGUUGCAGAAAACGAAACCUUAAAUUUUGAGGUAGGCGAUGAAUUAAAAAAAAAAUGAGGAACUUAGGAGAUGACAAGACUUAUCAUGUGACCGUGAGACCCCGCGUGCGCAAACCCAAAGAAAACCAUAGUGAAAGCUGGGGUCGGACGGAUCGUCGUAACUCAGUCUCUUGCUUUGCAAAUAGAAUUCUAUAACAUUGACAUAAAUCGAUCAAGGCUAAUGGUAACGUCUAUUUAUCUUUUCAACAGUACUUAAAAGACAGUCGCGGCACACUGGACUAUUUCAAUCUGAGUCACAACUGUCACGUGGGAAACUUAGUCAUCAAGCCUCGAAAGGGAACCGCUGUGAUGUGGUAUAAUCACUUUAUGGAUAAAGAGAGCGGAUGGCUGGGGGAGAUGGACCAGUAUAGUUUACACGGAGGAUGUGAUAUCACAAAAGGCGAAAAAUGGAUCGCUAAUAAUUGGAUCAGUGCUCCAUAUAAAGAUUCAGCUCACAUUCGAAGCUCGUGGCUGAAUUUUUACAUAUAAGACCAACAUACAUGGACUUGCAGGUUGAAAGGACUCGUGGGAAAUAGGAAAUUGGGAACUGGUCAUUAUUUAUCGCCUGGGGUGGAGUAACCCUUCCCCCCUUCAUUAACAGUUAAUAGGAAGCCAAUUGCCUGUUGGCGACGACUAAUCCCUCGUCUGUUACCCUUGAAAAACAAGUGAUGCCCCGGCAUAAAAAACCCCCAACCGCUUUUCCCCGGCGAAGAAUAAUAGCUUGGCCUUUAGAUGAAAUCUCCACAAGCUAAAAUUGAAGGAAUGAUUCAGAACAAACCAUAUAAACUCAGUAGCAUUCUAUGCAGACUUUUCAGGAUGUAGAUGUUUUUACAACUUUGAGUUUUUCAGUUUUUAAGUUUUCUAAUUCUAGGCUUUGAAGAUUAUUUUCAUGGAAAUUAAUUUUAGAUACACUCUAGCUCUCUUUGAUUAUAUAAAAUAUUUUCUUAGAAUUGAUAUGAAAAGAAAAGGGAAGAAUUUGAAAUAAAUUCAAGCAACAUAAAGGCUGAAAGAGGUUACGUGUAUAAUCUUUACUUCUGCCUAAGCUCUAUUACACUUUAUAUUAAAGUUGGAAUAUAACGCGCGCUGUCUUUGGUUGAAAGAACGUACUCUGUAAGAGUACAAAACACGAAGCUGAGCUAAAGCUGUCAUAUCAUCUACUGCAAUAUGUACCAUGUCUGACUACUUCCCGAAAUUCUCAUCUUUUUUUCACUAAUUGAAAGUGAAAUUUCGGAAAAAGGGAGCCGACACUAAGUAGCAACAGAAGAACCAAACAAAGGUUUGUAAACAUGCCAACAUUAACGCGCCAAAUUCAAACUCUCACUAAACAAGCUACUUUUUUACUAUAUAGAGACUCAGCGAGCCCGGUUAGCUCAGUCGGUAGAGCAUCAGACUUUUAAUCUGAGGGUCAUGGGUUCAAGUCCCAUAUCGGGCGAGAUCUAAUUUUGUCCUUUUGUUGUCAACCGUUCAUUUCGCUAUCGAGGAAAAGCUAGUCUUAAUGUACAGAAACCAGCACGACAAAUUCCAUCUUGGUCCUACCGAGGAACGCUCAUUUUUUCAAAUUCCGACAGGUUGUCGUCCCCUUUUUAAACGAAAUAGAGUUACUGAAUCCCCUUCAAUACAUUAUGAUUUUGAAAGCGAACGAGGAUAGUUGGAUCGCUGCCGAUCCCAAGCUCGUGGCCGAGUUGUUACUUACUAAAACCUUUGCAUUCCCGAACUCCAUUAACUCAGGAAUGGACACUAUGAGAUUAAACGAUAUCUAAACAAUUAAAACCUGAAGGAGCUAUCCAGAAUAAACUAAAUUCAAUUUAAUACUAAUUCUAGGCUAAGAAAAUUAUCAUUAUGGGAAUUAAUUCAAAUCUAUUCUCGCUUUCUUAGGUUAUGUAAGACGUUGUCUUUUUUUUCGCGGUGGCAAUGUUGCAUGUUCUUCAGUGCGGUUUUUUUUCUUGAAUAAUUCAAUCUAAAACGAAAAGAAGCCGAAAGGGAUAUCAUCGCCACAGAUCCAGAUCAUCUUGAAAUCCAUAAAACUGGGAAUGACCAAUGAUUAACUGUUAACAGAAUAUUCUUCUGAACUGAAGGUUUGACUUGAAGGUCCUUCCUCUAUCGACUAAUCAAAUAAUUGACAGAAUACUUAGUAUGUCAUACAGCUCAGUUGCUAAAGCUGAGACAUCAUUUGACACAUUCAGACCCCUAAUUGUAAGUUAGAAGUGAAGUCGACCCAAUUUUCUGGUGCUAAUGACCUUACUUCCUGGUGCCUUUAUACGGUUAGGCCCUUUAUCUUUGUCCACUGGGUAGGUACUGUUUGUAAGUGUGAAACGCGAUAGCCACCUGUUACCUGAUUCAAGCUAAAAGCUUUAGGUUACAAGAUUUAUAGAUCGAGGCGUUAAGUCUGAAAUUUAAAUGAGUCAAACUGUUUAAUUUUUCACUAGUUUUAAUGGCUCAUCUCGAAUUUACAUUUGAGUUUCCAGUCAGUCUUAGAAUUACAGAGCCAUGUUAAGGGACUGAUCCACGUCUUGCAACAUACAUUGUCCAAAAAACACGAUUGAUUAAUAUUUAUGCUUCGGUGCGAGUCACGGGUGGCUUCAAACCACGGCUUUUAAAUAAAAAACUAAAUAAGAGAACUACUGUUUAUUCUCACAGCGAUAAACAAUGACCUUGUUUAGUCUUCGAUGGAAGUUUUGUCUCCUUUGCUCACUUUUAGCUUUGUCAGCUUACUGCGAAAAGAAGCCAAGUAAUCGAACAUAUAACGUUUGUAGGUUUGUACGGGAGGGACAAAGAUGCGAUUACAAAAAGUUUGAUUCAAGCGGAGAUGAACCAUGCAUUAUCGGAAGGAAGGCUGGUUUGACAAGAAUAAAUGGCGUUAAAGUAAGACUUGUGGUUUUAUUAAAUCUUCUUAAGUUCAUUUAUUCACUCCAUUACAAAAGGUGUCACAAUCUGCCAUAAGCUAACGAUCAUUGUAAUUAGGCUUUGAGGUUGCCCAUGCUCCUCAAUGCAUGUUGACAACCGAUCGAAAUGGUACGUAUGUUAUUUUUCCUAUUAGGUCAGCCAAAUUAACAUGCACAGGUAUAUAAUUCGUUCGGGAAUAAAGAAAAAGAAAAACAACUUGUGCGAAUUAGAAUUAUCAUUCUGUUUGUGAAUGCGUUCGUUCGAAUAUUCCCAUAAACACACUGACAAAAUAUCCCGUAAGUCAAGACAAUCUAUCGCUAAGUUACUUAGGCGAACUACGAUAAGACUAACAUUAUAGAGGGUGGUUACCGGUACUUUUUGGAAAUCACCAAAGCAAAAUUGAUCAAGCAGUGCUUCCGCGAAUUAUUCUUAGUAACACCAACUUGACUGAAAAAAGGCAGUCCAAACAAGUAGGGCUGUCCAAAUCCAUGAUUGCUCUUCCGAGAAGCGCUUGCCGCCAUCUUGGAAUGGCGCUGUCCACGCGGUACUUCGUUACGAGAAUAGUCGUAAUUGAAUCGGAUUCAUCGCUGCGAUCGGUGCGAUUUCUUUCCUUGGUUAAAACCUGACUGAAAAAAGGCAGUCCAAACAAGUAGGGCUGUCCAAAUCCAUGAUUGCUCUUCCGAGAAGCGCUUGCCGCCAUCUUGGAAUGGCGCUGUCCACGCGGCUCUUUCGUUACGAGAAUAGUCGUAAUUGAAUCGGAUUCAUCGCUGCGAUCGCUGCGAUUUCUUUCCUUGGUUAAAACUUCAUUGUAUAAUGUUUUUCGUUUCUUAGUUCCAAUAUUGGUUAUCAAAGAUAAACCCUGGAAGUUUUAACGAUCGUAGCGAAUAAAGUACAUGGAUACCACCUUAAUUUAAAACUCGCUCGAAGCUUUCCUGGCUGUCUUUGUUACAGUUGCUGUGUCUAGCCACAUUUAUUUUUCAGCUAUAACGCCCACAUAAAUAAAGUCAUAUUUUAAACGUAAAAUUUCGUCAUAGGUUGGUCACGUUGAAGAUGUUGAUCUUGGUGAUAUUGUGAGAAAGCGGAUUACAAAAGCUAUGAGGCCUCUUUUGUUUGGUAAGACUGCUCGAAAAAAAUUAUAUCUUACCGUAUGGUAUGGAUACUUGCAGGAGUUUUAUAUACCUGUUGGUGAUUUUCUUUCCUUUCGGCGGGAAACUUUUACCAUUAUUCUUAAUGGUGAUGAUUGUGAUAGGGUUAAUGGUAUUUGUAAGACUUUUACGACCUUUCACGCUGCACGGUUAUGGUCAAAGAACAAACGUUACAACGGCUUUACAGUAAUUCGCUGAUGAAACUUUAGAAGUGUUUGUAGGCUUUUGCAUGGCUUUGCCGUUAAUAAUUGUUGCUAAUGAUUAGGAACUGUGGUCGGUGACCAGGUUUACUGGCAUGUUUUCAUCUCUUCAUUUCCAGAAAUUCCCAAUUUUCUGUCUGAGGAAGAGUGUGGCCACAUGGUUAAUCUUGCGGAAAGAGAACGCUUUGUUACCAGUACAGCUAAGGGAGGACUACAGUCCUGGAGUGAAUUUGAAAUCCCUGACAUCAGAAGUAAGAUACGAGCCAGUGAUUUCAAAGGGAACAGAGGAAUUGCAUAUGACUGUAUUUUCAGCUAAACUCACCGUGCAACUGCAAUGUAACUUGACCUUAUUGAUAACUGAUGCGUCCACUGUGCACAGUGCACUUCUAAAUCAAAAAUAAAGUCAAUUCCAAGUCUCAUACUCUGAUGCCAGCGUUGGAUAUUUUCAUUUCAACAAGAACUAUUCCGUGAGCCCGGUUAGCUCAGUCGGUAGAGCAUCAGACUUUUAAUCUGAGGGUCAUGGGUUCAAGUCCCAUAUCGGGCGCACUUAAUUUUUGUUGUCAACCCUUCCUUUUAUCAUUGAUGGAAAGCUGGUCGUACCUUACGGAAGUUUCGCUCAUUAUUAGGCAGCUUCGUUCAAUGUUUUGCGGUAAAAUACAAUGUACCCAUGAUUAAUGAUUAUUCAUUGUUAAGAUUUUGAUCCAUGACAUAAAAUAUUUUAAAAUAUUUUGUUGCAGAUGGGCCAUUGCAUGUUGAUUAUUUUCAAUAUUUGGAUGGGGACAAAAAUGGAAAACUGACUAUCGAGGAGGUGGGUACAAAAUUAGACUUUUUAUGUAACCUGAGUAGCUAUAAGUUCCCCUCAAACUGCAUAUUUUUAGUCUUAUCGAUUUGCUGGCGUGCUUGUUUGCUUUCUUGCUUUUUCCUUCAUUUACUGUGAGUAAACGCUUUAAUCCAAGGAUAGUUUUUAUUUUCCUUUUCUUACAAUUUGUGGCCAACACGAUAACCUAAUGACUACAGUGCUGUAGUCGAAAGGUGCCUAGUCAAGAACCCUGGACGGGUCACUGCUGUAUUGUGUUUUUGGGCAAGACCGACCCCAGUAACUAGAAGGGUGCAUCACGCUAUCCAUAAGAUGAAUCUCCAUCCGAUGGAUAGCGCAGUGCCUUUUUUUCCUUUAUCCACUGGCCAGCGGUUGAUACGUUGGAUAGUGCUAUUAAACGGAACCUUAUGAAAUGCCGAGGGUAAACUGCAAUGGGCUGGUAUUUAAGUCAGAGAAAGGAGCAAUACUUUUAGUCCCUUCCUUUUUUUGAAGCCAGAAUAAGUUCAAGUCACAUGGGCAAUCAGAUCACUAAGCUCGCUUCUUUUUGAAUAUAUUUGAUAGGUGAUGACCUACGCUAAAACGUACCACUAUUUGGUUCUAACAAAAGAGGAGACCAUUGAAAUGUAAGGCUGAGUACAUGUGCUUGAACUUAAACUUGAAUUACUUAAGGUUCCACAAAAUAAACUCAGUGUGGAAAUGUUUGACACAUUUUGGUCGAUACAAUAUUGAGUUUAUGUUGGAAAAACAACCUCAGAAAAUCUUAGCAGUUUCCCUAAUCUUGAAAAUUUAAAGUGAAUGAUUAUUGAGUCAGAACAAAAUGCUCGGCAAGGUUUUAUUUAUCUUUCAUCAUUUCCUGUGCAGUUACCCGCUAAAAAAUGCCACUAGUUUUGGGAAUUUACUUUUCAACACAUACAAAUUUAAGUGAGCCCGGUUAGCUCAGACGGUAGAGCAUCAGACUUUUAAUCUGAGGGUCAUGGGUUCAAGUCCCAUAUCGGGCGCAUAAACUUUUCUUCCUUUUGGUUGUCUAUGUUGUUUUUUUGCCGGGGGGAGGGGGGGGGGAAACAGAGCAUAAACGGUGACUAAAGAACAUUUACUGCCAGUGAAGGGGGAUUAUUUCUGCAGAGUCUUAUGGGGGUCCUGGUAAAUUUUAUGUGACACAAACGAAAUCCUCCGACUUUCCAUCCCCUCCUCCCCCCCUUUCCGUGAUAAAUAACGACCGGUCCCUAAGCCGAGUUUGUUCUGUUUACAGGCUUCAUAAUGUGAAUAUCACGGAAUUAGACGACGGUAAAUAACUUUCUUAUACUAGGCACCUUGACUGAUUAUCUUUAUGAUUAAAAGGAUUUCAGUCAUUUCUCCAUUUAGUGCGUUAUGUUUUGAGGAAUUAACAUUGAAUAAAGAUAAAAUUCAAAUAGGGAUGAAGUAUAUUUAAGUGCGUCAAAGAAUAUUCGUUAAUAAAAAGUAGAAAUGGAUUGGAAACAGUCAUCAAGCGAGCUUGAGACCAACUGUGGAGUAAUUUUUAGGCGCAAGUGAUACACAGCGAUUCUUAUCGACCCACGGUAAACACUUAUCUAAUCUUCUUUUCUUUUAGGUAAUUUAAUGUUAACAACUGAGUUGAAAAUGUAAAUUGGCCACCGUAAAGAGUUUGAAGGCUGAAGUUUUGAGCGUUAGCCUUUCACCAGAGCGAUUGAAGGAAUUAUGGGUUGUGUGUGUGUUUAUAUGAAAUUGGUGGGAAUAUGGUGACGAGAAAACAAGAAUAAAUUAGUUGAAUGAAAAGCGCUCGUUGAUACCAUGGAGAUCUUCUUUGCUUUUGUUGCUCCUUGAUUAUUCGCACGAUCACUGAGUAAAAGUAUCACCUUUUCUCUCAGGAUUUGCUACAAUCGAUGAAUUCAAAACAAUGAAUUCCAUGGGGUUAACGGAUUUGAUGUCAGCAAUGUCUAUGUCUCACCCGCUUCACAGGCCACGUUACAGUGAUCAGACUUGGGUCAAUCAGAGAUCUUUGGGCGAUCCAGUUUUAAACAAAGUGAUAGAAAGGUAACGUUUUCACUUGAGCGUGGCAGAUCAGUGCUCCUAAUAGAUAGUCCAAACCAGGCGUCUUCUACAUUGGCUUUGGAUCAUGCUAAUUUUUAAAUUUUUAUAAACUACCAAUUUUACAGGUCUGAUAGAAGAAUCACGUGCAGUCAAAGAUCUCCUACUGCUUUCUACAGUAUGCCUUAAAAACGAGUUGUACCAAUCAUAGUUUCCUAGCUAUUCGAACAUACGGCUGAAGAAAUUUAGUUAAAAUCGAUUGCUGUCAUGUAUCAUCUACCAUGUCAUGUAUCAUAUAUUAUCUACCAUCUGUUCUUCAGAGUUAUAGAACUCACCAGACUCUCCCGAGAAAUCAUCUACGGCAGUGAGAGGAUUCAGGUAACAAACUGUCAAAUAAACAAUUUUUUUAACCAGAGGAUAUCGUAGGCCUUAAUUUUUUUCUUAUAAUUCUAGUCAAAGGAUAUCUUUUGACAUUUGGAAAGUCUCUCAACACGGUAAUGGUAAAAAAAAAAGAGAAGAAAAAACUCAGAUUUCUGGGUUCGUUUUAUUUCAUGACAAAGCUCCAAAUUCAUCAUCUUUCUUGUCUGUUUUCUCGUAUAACGCUCAACAUUGCCGAUUUUAGCAGUACUCUGGAGGCUUGUACAUAAGGAGCUGGUAGAGGUCUGGUUCAUUUUAGUGUUUUCUGUGGCUCAAUGGCAGAGCAUCAGAGCGCCGAAUCCAGGAUCGAUUCCUUAUUGGGAUUUCAGAAGUUCUUGGAGACUAGAGGAAAAAAUUCAAACACUGCAAACUGAAACAAAUUCAACCAGUUCUACAAAAUUUUACUACAAGUAGAAACUUAAGGACGUUUUCUCUUUUACAAUGAAUGAGUUUCAUUUCCCUUUUCAUUGUGUAGCUUUUUACAUGUCUUUUUAUGUAUUAUUAAUUAAUUUCUGUAUUAUAUCCAAUAUAAUUUAAUUAAGUUAAAUUUUAUUUAGUUAAAUAAGAAAUUGACCUGCCUUGAUUAGCAUCUGCUAUUUGCGGGUCAAAAGAAUAUUUCGUAUGUUAAAUAUGAAAAAAUAAUUAGAGUGUGAAGUUUGUGAAGUGAACAUCUUUCAUGGAACAAAACUCUGUUUUAAACUUCUCUUUUUGAUUUUCAACUACCUUCUUCGUAGUGUGAGGGCAGAAAAAAACGUUUUCGACUACAAUGAAAAGGGUUCAUAUUUUCAACAGAUCGUCCGUUAUGGAAAACAUGGUCAUUACCACGCCCACUUUGACUCGGAGACAGACAAAAGAACUGACAAACGGUGCUGCCAACUUUAUGAAGAUGUGGUGCAAGCCUUUAAUAAAGAUGAAGGCUGUAGGCUCUGUAGGUGAGCGUAUGCAAAAGUUCAGUUAAAUGGUGAUGACUAAUAAUCAAAUCGUCUUUUUUGCGUUUUCUUAGUCAGCUUUGCUUUGAUUAGUGAUAAUAACAAUUUUUUAAAAAAUAUUGCGCGCAAACUUAACUGAGCCAACUACUUUAAUUUCACUUCUAAGAACGGGACAUCAUCGAGAACUUUGUGUUACAUAAUUAGAUAAAACCACAUUUUAGCAGCGACAUUUCAGAUGGAAUUACAUCAUGUUCAAACAAAAUUGAUACUUUAUAAGGUCAGUUGUCACCUUUCAUCAAUCCGCUUUUUGUUUGUUCUUGUUUCCUUGAUCAGAUAUGUAACAAUCCUGUUUUAUCUCAACGAUGUCGAGGAAGGAGGAGAAACCGCUUUCCCUAUGGCCGACAAUGUCACCCUUAGCAUGGAGGUAAGAUUCUCGCGGGGCGUCAGCCUUUUAGAGUGAAAUGCGAUAAACAUACAAAUUCCCCCGCGACAACAUUCUAGUGGCCAUAAAUCAAUAAAAAAACACAUCAAUUAAAGGUUGUUAUCUUUAAAGAGCAUCAAAGAAGUUGCAAAGUCAGUCACUCCUACAGAAAACAAUAAUUUUCAGGGCUACCAUUAGAUGUACGAUCCGAUUACGCAAUCAACUACGAAGGAGUAACAUGAGUUUUGUUUUCAAUUCUAUUUAGUAUCUGACUUCAAGUCGUGGUGAUUUGGACUACUUCAAUCUUAGCCAUAACUGCCACCAAGGUCUGGCGAUCAGUCCACGAAAAGGAACAGCUAUCAUGUGGUACAAUCACUUACGAGACGAUGAGAGCGGCUGGAUGGGAGCAAGAGAUGAUUUUAGUUUGCACGGAGGUUGUGGCAUAAAAAGGGGAGAGAAAUGGAUCGCUAAUCUAUGGAUAACUGCACCUUACAAAGAUGGAGCUCACAUUCCUAGUUCCUGGCUCAGAAAGUUUGAUGUUAUAUAGAGUUGUAAACGUUAUCAGCAGCGAGACUGACUCC